GAAAAUGAGUAUAGCCUCUUCGAUUAUAGUAUUAAUAUAAACGAUUGUAUACAGUUGACAAUCAUGCCUGUUCCUGAAGAAACCUCUGUAGAAACUAUUGAAGAAGAACCAACGUAUAUCCUUUCUAAGAAUUUGAAAAAGAAAAAAUCUAUUCGGAGUUCUACAUCAGACACUAAUAAUACAGAUAAUACUAAUAAUACUAAUAAUACAGACACUAAAAAUACAGUAGUAAAACAAGAUAAUUUAGAUGAUAUAUCUGAGGAAAGCAAGUAUUUUAAAUUGGGUGAUUAUGUUGAUAUUAGAGAUUUUGAGUAUGGCGUGUGGUACAUGGGUAAAAUAGUGAAGAUAAAAAAAGAUGAUUCUUCACAAAUUGAACCAACGUCCUCCUCUGAUAAUCUAGAGGAUGAUGGGCUUAUUUAUUUUGUAGAGGAUAUAGGAUGUCCUACUAAUCCACCCACUAAAGCUAAAUUGAAAGAAAUAAGACCAUAUUCUACUGAUAUUCUGCCAUUUGAUCAAUUAAAAAUCAAUGAUAAAGUUCUUAUGAAUUAUAAUCAAGAUUAUCCUAAAGAACGUGGUUAUUGGUUUGACGUAGUAGUAAAACAGAUAAUAGUUAAUAGACGAAUUCGUGAAGUAGUAGGCAAUGUUACUAUUGGAUCGAAUAAGGCAGUGUUGGAUAAUUGUAAUUUAAAGUUUGUUGAUGAUAUUUUCAAAAUAAAACCAUACAAGCUAGUUGCAGAAAGAAGUAAAGAUGAAGAUACUAUCAUGCAAACAAAGCCUUCUACGGAAAGAGCUACAGCUUUAAGUUGCAUUAGAUGCAAAGACAACAAAAGUAAACCAUGUAAAUACUGCGCGUGUCAUAUUUGUGGUGGCAAGGAGGAUGAGGAUAAACAGGUACUGUGUGAUGAAUGUGAUGACAGUUUUCAUAUAGGCUGCCUUACACCGCCAUUGACAGAAGUUCCAGACGUUGACUAUUGGUAUUGUCCAACAUGCAAAGUUGAUGAUAACGAAAUUGUAAAAGCUGGUGGAAAAUUAAAGGAUUCAAAAAAAAAGACAUUAGCGUCAACAUCAACACGUGAUUGGGGCAAGGGAAUGGCAUGUGUUGGAAGAACAAAGAAAUGCAACAUUGUUCCACCAAACCAUUUUGGUCCCAUUCCCGGUGUUGAAGUUGGCACUACAUGGUUAUUCCGUGUUCAAGUAUCUGAAAGUGGUAUACACCGUCCUCCAGUUGGAGGAAUACACGGCCGUGACAAUCAAGGUGCAUUUAGUAUUGUAUUAAGUGGUGGUUAUGAAGAUGACAUUGACAAUGGUGAAGAAUUUAUGUAUACCGGUUCAGGUGGAAGAGAUCUGUCUGGAAAUAAACGCACUGCUCUGCAAAGUUGUGACCAAGAACUGACACGCAAUAACAGGGCUUUAGCUCUCAACUGUAAUGCAGAUAUCAAUGAUAAAGAAGGUGCAACAGCUGUGGAUUGGAAAAAAGGUAAACCAGUUAGAGUUGUACGGAAUUAUAAACUUCGUAAGCAUUCAGAAUAUGCACCGGAAGUAGGCAACCGCUAUGACGGUCUUUACAAAGUUACAAAGUAUUAUCCAGAGACUGGAAUAUCUGGAUUUGUUGUUUGGCGUUUUGUAUUGAAACGAGAUGAUCCUAUACCUGCUCCUUGGACAGCUAAAGGCAAAAAACGUAUAGUUCAACUAGGUCUUGAAAUGAUUUAUCCUGAAAAUUAUUUACCUUCUACUGAGCUUGACAAUGAAGAAUCAGAUGUACCCGGGUCUAAAGAAAAAGAACACUACAAGACGACACUAAUGAUGAAUCAAAUGAAAAUUUACAAAAAAAAAGAUGAAAAGAAGGCAAAAAUGCAUUAUAAACUGGAAAAUGAAGCAGAGACAUUAAUCGCAGCUGACGCUGCCAAUAAAAAAUAUUGGGAUGAUUGUAAGGCAUUGUUAAAAGACGGCAAAAAAGCAUUUUUGGAUAGAAUUGAAGAAACUUUUAUGUGCAUUUGUUGUCAAGAUAUUGUCUUUGAACCAAUUACAUUAGAAUGUGCUCACAACAUUUGUAAAGGAUGUUUGAAAAGAUCAUUCAGAUCUGAGGUGUACCAAUGCCCAGCAUGUAGAGCUGAAUUGGGAAAAACCUACUCUAUGAAAAUCAAUAUUACAUUGGCUAAUACUCUUUUGUAUUUCUUCCCGGGAUAUAAUGCGGGUCGUUAAUAAUUGUUUUAACUACUUGUACAAAAAGCAUUCAUUACAAAAUAUGGCAGUAUACAUUUAUUUUUAUUUUUAUUA